UUAAUUCAGAAGUUAAUUUUUAGUAGCCUCUAUUAUUGCUGAACAUAGGACUCAGGAAACAUAAGCUUUAUAGCAGCCAUGGAAAAUGUCAUAAAGCUAAUGAUUCUUGCAGGACUUUGUUCUCUUUGUCUCUGUGUGUAUCAGUACCAAUAUGUCUUAUUCCACACUCCAAAAACCUGGACGGAGGCACAGAGCUACUGCAGGGAAACGUGCGUUGACCUGGCCACCAUGGAAGACAUGAAUGAGAUGGAUAUGGCUCUUCAAAGUGUUGGAGAUGACUACAGUGAUGCUGUAUGGAUUGGGUUGUACAAAGGAAGCGACCCAAAGUGGCACUGGUCUAUAGCAGACAAAGAUUUCUACAAGGAUGGAGAAAAUAAUCACCUAAUAUGGAGCUCAUUAGGUACCGACAACUGUGGUGGUUACGAUUCUGGAAAACUUUUUACAGUCUCUUGUCCUGUUACCAAAUAUUCAGUCUGCUUUGAUAGUUCAGAACAGGGAGCAGCUCAGUACAUCCUCAGACCAGAGCUGACGAAUUGGACCACCGCUCGAGAUUUCUGCAGAAGAAAUUACACAGACCUGGUCAGCUUGAGGAAUGACGCAGAAUACGCAACAGUCCAGGAAGUAGCCAAUGGAAAUUCAGUAUUUGUUGGUCUCUUCAGAGACCCCUGGGUUUGGUCAGACCUGACUGACUCUUCUCUGAGGUACUGGAGGCAAUCCCAACUGGUAAAUCCAAAAAACAGUGAAUAUUGUGUAGCUUUGCUGAAGACUGAAUCUGGCAAAUGGGGAGACAGGAAGUGCACAGAAAUGCAGCCUUUCCUCUGCAAAUGCAGUAAGUAA